CAUUACCACUGUCUUGGGUCAACAUCGCUUUCCACUUUGGACGACUGUUUUGUGAGGACAUACAGAGAACUAUGCACUGGCGUCGCCGUCUAGAUGGAGACAGCGCCAGGCGUCACGGACUCCAGCGUCUGCGCUGACGUCGUUAAUAAACGUCGCAGUGUAAUUUCCGUGACGGAGUCUCCGUGUUACAUCGAAGGUCGCCACAAGAAGAAAGUAAGAACAGUCGAAGACAAAUUUGUAGGUUACUAUAACGACAUUGACUCUGAAAGUGAAGGUGAGUGGACGGGAGAGCCUGAGGAAAACGCCUCUGGUUGUCAAGGCAACGCCCAGUGCCAGGAACAAGUGAACGAAACAUUCGAUAUUGAAGAUGGCGGUGGUAAAUCUUGGCGAUUGCAUGAACCAUUUGAUCUGUGGCAGGUGAGAAAAUCACGUAACGCCACUGGCGGAACUGAAAACGCGAGCGACGUUUUUGAUCGUAAAUGUAGUAGUAGUAGUAGUAGUAACGAGAAUGUCUUAGACGUAGUGUGUUCUGACAAUUCCAGCAUCGAAUCUGCCUUCUCUAAGUGUCGUGUGUCAAACGCAAAUAUUGCCUCAAGUCUAUCUAAUCAAGAUGUUUAUCAUUCUGGAUGUGACAUCGAUGUUUCGGACGGUAAAACAAACAAAGACGUCAGGACAGUUCAAGGAACGGAGAAUCACGAGGUUAAACCGGCCCCAUACAAUUUCAGGUCAUUUGUGUUAGGACCAAUCACAAGUUUGCUUCAGUUCUCUUUCAAACGCGUUUAUCCUCAUUCGUUACCCGCAGUUGCGUCGGGUUGGAACUCUGAAAACAUGGGUAAUUUACAAGGUUCAGAAGGUAAAGGCAAAGGAGGUUCAGGUAAGAGUCCUGGGAAAGGUAAGAAGGACAAAAGUGGUAAGAAAUCUCCGGCUAAGGACCUCCUGAAACACAAAUCACCAGCACCAGAACCUCCGUCAAAGAGUGGGGGAGGAAGUCAGGUACAAUACAAAGUAGUUCCUCCGCAGGGCAACGUUCCGGCAGUGCGCGGUCAUGCCUCAAAUAACGGGGCUCCGUGGUCGGAACAGUCGACUCUCCGCAGCGGAGACACCACCACGUACGUAGUGACGGAUUCCUGGCGUCACGUGAAGAAACUGGCCAUCAGGACGCCGGCGAGUAACAGCACGACGGUCCUGACGCCACCCAGCAGAGACUCGAGCUCAGAAUCCGUGUUUACAGACCCACUGACCCCUCAAGGUUUCGCUGACGCACAGAAUAACAGCAGUCUUACCAGUAGCAGCAAUUAUUCUGACCCGUGCGGUACAGAGCAAGCCGUCAUUAGACUCGCCCCGAAUUCAACGGGGUAUUUCCAGACGCCUUCCGUCGUCAACGGUACUGAUGACAGCGUCUACACGUCCCUCAACAGUGACGCCGGUGGAAUGGUGGGCAGUGACAAGGACAGAAGGGGUGGAUCUUCGCCUUUGUCGACCACCGAUUUGGAUGACGUAACGUUAACCCUGUUGGACAGCACGGAACAGUUGACUGACGGUGAAGAUUUUGGUGGGACGGAGUUAUUGACGUCAGUGCAGAAGAGGUCUCAGUCUCACAGCCUUGACGCGUUGGACGAGGAAGAAAAUGUUGAAGGUAGUGAUAAGAAGGCGAAGUCUCUCGACGCCCUGGAGAUGGCGGCCGGGAAUGGGGUUCUGCCUCAUACGAGGACUACUCAACCCCCGUCUUCCUUCACCCUGGUGAGACACCGGAAGGUGGAGCUGAACCCCACACGCCUCAGUGAACAUUGCCUCGUGCCCGCAGCGUCCACACAGCAGCAGGCCGAUGCUCGGGACACGAGACGCCACUCCUCGGUGAGCGAUGUUCUCCUGGACAGCAAUGUACUUCGCAAAGUGGCCAGCCUCACCUUGGAUAGAGCCACCAUCGACCAGCGCGUGGCCAAGCCGAAGUUUGUACCAGAAAAAUUGGAUUUCCAGAUAUAUGAGAAGUUUGAAGGACAGAUGCUGAUCAAUUGGUUCGUGUCCGCCUUCCCCGAGGGCCACUACCUGCGUCUUCUCCUCACGUCGCAAGAUUUGCGUAUCUUGGCAAUCCAAUUCUGCACCCAUCUCCUGGCCGCCGGGGUAGUCCGCCAGAUACCUGACAAGGACGUCACGUUGGAGCACCUGUUCAGGCCAGACCUGAUGUAUUACUGGUCUCAUGCAGAGGCUCCGACACCAGCUCCGUCCACACCCGGUCGCCUCUCAUCCAUUGCCUGGCCACCCACGAGUCCAUUUGGAUUCUCCAUGGCCACAGAACUAGCCAGCGCAGCUGUAAAUCGACCAGGGGCUCGAUACUCAGAAGCAGAAACUGCCGCGAAGGAGCCGGCCUCGAUAUCCCUCGCUUCACCGACUGAUGUCAGGUCGCCGGUCAAGUCAGGAGGGGAGAAGCCAGAAUUUCAACAAGUUGUUAUGGGUCUGAAGCGAGAGCAUCGGGAUAAUCUCAACAGGCUAUCGCGAGACCAGGAAGUUUCUUUGUUCAACGUCAGGGGCGAACAUGCCCAGCGACUUGAUGACGCUGAUGAGAAGAUCGCUCGACUUGAGGAUACGGUGGUUAAGCUGCAACAAGAGCUGGAUCGGUACAAAACUCUGUCGGACAUACAGUGCUUAACAGAGAAGACAAAGGCUGACUUUGACUCACCAACAGAACAGAAAACUCUUCCCUCUGCAGACAUCGUGGGUAGUGAGCUCGGCAGGAAAGGUCCAGAGCCAGUGAACACAUCACAAACAAAUGUGGAAGCUGCGCUGAAGGAUGUGAAGCCAGACAUUUCCAUAGUAAAUGAAGGACAGACAAAGUCAACAGCGACUGAGCCUUUGUCAGUGUGUGACAGGUCAACGGAUACCGAAGAUUUGCAUGAAACUCCCUCCGUGAUCUCAGCAGAACCAACAACGGAAAGAACGAGUCCCUUGAAAGAAGACGAUACGUCAGUAUCACAUCCUGCCCCUCUUUCAGAAUCACAACCAAAUUCAAAAGGACCAGAACCUGUUCUACAGAUGGUGCCCUCAACUUCUACGCUGCUUGAAAUGCACAGUGUGAAUGGCGAGGUAAUAGCGUCUCCACAAAAGCUUAUAACAGAGCCACCAAGCACAAAAACAAAAAUGAGUGGACCACCCCCACCUCCACCUCCACCCCCAAUGUCUGGGAUGGAGCCGUUACUGCCUCCAAUUUCUGAAAUGGGGCCACCACCGCCUCCGAUGCCUGGAAUGGGUCCUCCACCACCACCCCCAUUGCCUGGAAUGGGUCCACCACCACCCCCAUUGCCUGGAAUGGGUCCACCACCACCCCCAUUGCCUGGAAUGGGUCCACCACCACCCCCAUUGCCUGGAAUGGGUCCACCACCACCCCCAUUGCCUGGAAUGGGUCCACCACCACCUCCCCCGAUACCAGGAAGUGGAGGAAUACCACCAGCAUCAACUGCUUCUGUUGUCGGAUCUCCACUGCCAUUUCCCACACCACCCGCAGGAGGAUGGAUGGCAAACAGAGCUAUGGCACCCGGACGUAGCACAGUGUUGAGGAAGCAGCCCGUGAACCCUAUCAUUCCGAUGAAGCCGCUGUAUUGGACCAGGAUCAUCGUGCCCCCAACAGGACAACCACCUCCUCUAGGAAACAGUCCAGCUCCAGCUCCAGCUCCAGCUCCAGGUGUGCCUGCUGCUGGAAGUGGGCUCCUGUGGGACAAACUGGAAGAGGCUGAUAUAGAUGACAUAAAGGAAUUCUCUGACCUCUUCUCUCGACAAGUGGUGGAGCGCAAACCAACGAAAAAGAAGGAGGAGAAGCCGUCCAAGGUGCAGGCCAUGAAGAUUCUAGACAGCAAGCGGUCUCAAAAUGUGGGAAUCCUUGCUUCGAGCCUUCAUGUGGACUUCUCUGAAAUUGAAAAUGCAAUUUACAACUUUGAUACGUCGGUAGUGAAUCUCGAGGCUCUACAACAAAUUUAUGAAGUUAGGGCUACAGAAGAGGAGCUGUGUAUGAUACGCGAACACGCGUCAAGCAAGCCGGAAAUCCCGCUAGACAAACCGGAGCAAUUUCUGCACGAGCUUGCGGAGAUUCCUAACUUCGCGGAUCGCAUAGCCUGCUUCAUGUUUCAGUCGGAGUUUGAGGACGGGAUCUCCUCCAUCGAGAGCAAGCUAAACAACCUGAAAUCGACUUGCCAGUUUCUGAUUACAUCCAAGAGUUUGAAGACGGUUCUGGCGAUUAUCCUAACAUUAGGAAACUACAUGAAUGGUGGUAAUAGGACAAGGGGACAGGCUGAUGGAUUCGGACUAGAGAUUCUCGCGAGGUUGCGAGACGUGAAAAGCAAGGACAGCAGUGUGACGUUGCUGCAUUUCAUCGUCCGUGCGUACAUGAAGAAGUGUGAGGAUCCGCUUAGCCCCGGAUUGGCAUUGCCAGUUCCGGAACCGGGAGACAUCGAUCGCGCCUUGACGGUUCACUUUGAUGAUGUCAGUGGGGACCUUCAGAAACUCCAGAAAGAACUUGGUGUCUGUGAAACCAAAACAGGAAAAGUGUUGGCUGCAUCAACAGAAGAUAAUAUUCAACCAUUUAAGGGCAAAAUGGAAAAGUUUUUAGGCUCAGCAAAAAAGCAAUUGGCCGGAGAGUUAGAAAACCUUGAAGAAUGUAAACAGAAGUUUAAAGCAACAAUGCAGUUCUAUCAUUAUCAGCCAAAGGGCGGCGCAAAUGAAGACGACGUUGAUCCAAAGGAUUUUUUUGCCCUCUGGUCUCCAUUUUGUUCUGAUUUUAAGGACAUCUGGAAGAAAGAGCAACAAAGACUGAUUAAAGAAAAGACUCAAGAAGCAAAGAGAAUAAAACAGAAGAAGUUAGAUAUUCAGAAAUCAAAGAGAGGGGAAGGUGGUCUUAAAUCGAAGGUGCUGAGACGAAGCCUGAUGAAAGAAGAAGCUCAAUGAAUCUUUCUUAUACUAACUUUGUGUUGCUUUCUGAUAACAGCAGGCCUGGUUCAUGGUGUCCCAUGUAUUUGUCUUUUUUCUUGGAGAAUCCUCCCAUAAGAUCUCAUUCUUUAAAAUUUAUGCAAAUUACUGAACCAUCAUGUUAGUGUUAUUAAUUGCUAUCUCAUUGUAUGAUUUUAUUCGUAAAAUGUAAAAAUACUACUUUGAUCCCAGAGACUUUUAAUAAGAAGCUUUACAAAUAACGCUCGACUCUUGUACCACCGUAAACACGUGCUCCGCUUCAUAUUGCGGUCAAUGGGUGAAUGAUGUUCCAUAGAAAUAUUUGUAGAAUCCUUCAAACCAUGGAGAUGGAAAUGCAGAAUGUGUAUGGAAGUAAGAGAUAAAUUUCAUGCAGCUGAUGGCAUUUUAUUUUGUAAGACACAAAAUUUACUUUAUGCCCCAUAUUACUGGAUAUUAUUUUUGAGUUCUAAAUUAAAUGUCCUUUUUUAAUGAGGAAUACUUUGGCAUAAGAAAUAUUUUAUGUCAGCAACUUGUAUGAAGUUUUGAGAAAUAGUAUCUCUACAGUUUUAAAAAAAAAUAUUUUUGGAGGAUUCUUCGUUAAAAAAGAAAAUAGAAACUUUUGGUGCUGUUGAUAUACUAAUGUAUAAUAAUGCAGUCCUUAAUUCUGUGUUAUGUGUAUAUGUAAAAAAAAAUUAUUUAUAUAUUGUGUAUAUAAGUAAAUGUUUAAUAUAAAUUA